CUACAACAAAAACCUUUCUUUCUUUACUGUAUCUUCUACACACAACCAAACAAACAAACAACAAAGUCAUCUGAAUUAUUUAUUCAUUUAUUAACGAAACUUUGUGCUUCGUCUUCUCUUAUUAAGCUUCUCGCUCAAUUGAUUUCGUUUCAUUCAAUUUCAUGUCGUCUUCGCAAACCUCCGCCGCGGCGGCGGACGAUGGCUCUGACAACCACGCGCCUCUCCUCCGUCCCCGAGAUUCCACUCCUUCACCUACUGCUGCUGCCGCCCGUCCCGCCACUCUUGCACUCUUGCUCGGCCGCGCCACCGGCCGCGGCCGAGGCCCCUCCAUGCUCGUUCGAGAAACCGCGGCGCGUGAGCUGGAAGAGCGACGCGCGGAUUGGGGCUACUCGAAGCCCGUUGUUGCGCUGGAUAUGUUGUGGAAUACCGCGUUCGUGGUGGUUUCGGUGGUGAUGUUGAUGAUUACUAUUGAUGAGAAUCCUAACACGCCGAUUAGGUUAUGGAUCUGCGGGUAUGCGCUGCAGUGUUUGGUGCAUGUGGUGUUGGUGUGGUUGGAGUACAGGAGGAGAAACACAAGGAGAGUCAGGGAUGAUGGGAGGGGUGGCGGCGAUAUGGGGGAUGUGAAUAAUGACAGUGAGGAUGAGGAGGAGGAAGAGGAUGGUGGAGGAUCUGGGAGUUCGAGUAGAUCCAGUGUCACUAAACGAUGUGAAUCGAUAAAUACAAUGGCAUCAUUUCUCUGGUGGAUAGUUGGAUUUUACUGGGUAGUCUCUGGUGGAGAUGUACUCCUGCAGGAUGCUCCUCGUUUGUACUGGUUGGCUGUGGUUUUUCUGGCAUUUGAUGUGUUCUUUGCCAUCUUUUGUGUUGUUUUGGCAUGUUUGAUCGGGAUUGCUCUUUGUUGCUGCUUGCCAUGCAUUAUUGCAAUUCUCUAUGCUGUUGCGGGACAGGAAGGUGCAUCAGAAGCAGAUCUCAGUAUCCUUCCAAAAUACAGAUUUCAAAUAUUGAACAAUGAUGAAAAGCCUGGUGUGGGAGCUGGGAAAAUGAUUCCUCUAGAAACAAGCAGUGGAUACUUGGCAAAUGAACGUAUACUCUUACCUGAGGAUGCAGAAUGCUGUAUAUGUCUCUCCCCUUAUGAGGACGGUGCAGAGCUUCAUGCUCUCCCCUGUAAUCAUCAUUUCCAUACCACAUGCAUUGUGAAGUGGCUUAAGAUGAAUGCGACAUGUCCUCUCUGCAAGUACAAUAUUCUCAAGGGAAAUGAACAGGCACUUGUGCAAUACUUGGAGCCACUGAUUUGCAGGUUUUAAUUUAUGCCUUUUUUGUUCUCUUUUUCUUUUUUGGUUUUGUAUUUGUAUAGGAUGAAAAAUAAUGGUUUCAUGUAUUUUAUAGUUAUGUCAAUUCUACAGUUUUACAUACAGUGUACCUUUGUGAUAGAAAUAAUAGGCGGCGUACUGCGAUGGAUUCUCUACAUUGUGUUCUAAGUCUCAUUGGUGAUUGCUAGAUAUGUAAUGACAAUAUAUUGAACAGCAGCUUUGCUUUUCUUUGCA